GUCUUGCAGUUGCGUAGUGUCGGCGGUCGUUUGGGUCGUCCGAAGGAAUGGUUAGGAAUCAACGUUAGAAUGAGUCGUCCAUUACAUUUACAUAAAUGAGGAUGCAUUACUCGAGCGACGUGACAUGAAAAGCGAAUGAGAGCUAGCGAAGACAAGACAUGGAAGAGCAGAGCCGAAACUGAGACAUGGCGGCGACGCAAAAAGUCGGGAAUUCCAUGGCAAACUCCGGUGACUUGGCCUCUCUCACUCAUGUCGUCCAAAGGAAAGGAACCCGCACGAACUCCCAUCGCUCCUCUUCCAAACCCAGCGACAGGAAGCGCCAACCCUGCCGCGUCUUUGUCCUCUUUAUGGGCGUAUAUUACUCCAGCAUUGGAUCACAUUGUGAAGAGUAGUACGAAUAAUACAACCAAAGCACCUGCGAUUGAAGUAGAUUUCUAUGCUGGAGUUCAUUCGGCCUGUUACAACUAUAUCACUUCUCAGACAGAAACAUACAAUGCUUCAUCUCGUCAUGAUGUACCCAUGAGUGGGACUGAUCUCUAUGACCAACUUGAUAAAUACUUUGCGGAUGCUUCGCGAGAACUAUUACUUGGCGCUCCCCAGGAAGAUUCCGACUUGAUCCAUUACAUUAUCCCUUGCUUCAACCGAUAUUCUCUAGGCGCACAGUCAGCAAACCGCUUACUCAACUACGUCAAUCGACAUUAUGUUAAACGCGCUGUCGAUGAAGACAAGGGGUGGCUCACGGUCAGCGACGUUCUCGAACACGUUGCAAAGACUGCCAAAGCUACGGACACACGCGAGCAAUUAGGGAAGAAAUUGCGAGAAAAGCGUACAGAUGAGCUGAGAAAAUGGGGAGAUAUCGACGCUGGUCCUGAGGCGCUGGUGGAAGCGGAAGGAUGUGCAGAGGCGGCAAGCCCAGUUGACCGCAUCGUUCACAUAUCUGCCCUUGCUCAUCGCCGAUUUCGUGUGGAAUUCAUCGAACCUUUACUCGCAGUACCUAAACUCAAAAAAGGAACAAAGGUCAAGAAAAAGAUACCAAAAUCAAACGGAGCGGGACCUUCUCCCGCUCCGAGGGGUCGGUUAGCCCGUGCAUUGAAGAACUUAUUGGAGUCUUCGGAGAUUGAGGUGGAAGAGCAAGCGAAACUAGCAUCUGAACUCGCGAAGAUGUUAAGGAAGAUAGGAGUACGUCCUGAUCACCCACUUCGAAAGAAACUGGCCAAAACUUCAGCUCCUUACUGAGUAACUUAUUGCCGAACCUUACAAAAAUGAUCAGUCUCUUUUCGUCGGGGGGAAGACUCCAGACCACUCAUAUACACAUCAAGUAUUGAUCGUUCGGUAGAUAACGUCGGUCUGGAUGGAUACUCGAGAGUUUCUUUAAAUUAUCGUGAGGCUCCCACUGCGGGGAUCGAUCCGUUUCC